UUCGAUGUGUACAGAAAAAAUUUACCUACUUCAUAUGAUCUCUCGACUCAAAAAAAUUAGUCUUUAACACUUGGCGGGAGAGAUAUCUUGUAGAAUAAAAAUAAAAAUAAUAAUACACACACAACUAAUGUCAUAAGCUUUUAGAAAAAGACAUACCAAGUUCAACAGCGGUUUGAUAAAGACUCUUCUCUUUCCCUGUUUUCCGGUUCGCUGAUCCCUCUUAAAGCUUUGUUAACAUCCAUAGAACAAAGAAAAUAUUACAUUACAACACCUUUCUAUAUCUUUCCACCAAAAAGAAAAGAUUAUAGAGCGAGAAUUGCAAAUACUGUAUGCAAUCUUGUUACUCUUCAAGACAAUAACUCAAAACUGUCAUGGAAACACAACAGCACCAAAACCAUGUGGAAAAGCAGAUUGAAGCAACAAAGCAACCAUCACCACCGCCUUCACAAUCUUCCUCACCUUCUCAUGAAUUCUCCUUCACAAUCUCUCUCCACUCUUCCUCAACCACAAUCCCUGAUAAUAAAUCAAGAGUUCCACCUUCCCUUGCAGUUGAUUUAUCUCCCGCUGAUGACAUUUUCUUCCAUGGUCACUUGCUUCCCCUCCACCUGUUAUCUCACUUUCCUUCAUCACCUCGCUUUUCCACCAAUUCCUUGGACAACUUCACCCUCCCAAUCAGAGACUUACUGCAAGAGGAAAAGCCCAUAAAGGACAGUGGCAGCUGCUGCAGCAGCAACAGGAGCAACAUCACCAUAGAUAGCAUCAGCAACAACAGCUGCAGCAACAGGGAAGACAACAAUAGAGGGACAAAGGAAGAAAGUAAGUCCAAAACUACUUUCUCAUUGUUUGGUUUAACAAGAGGGCGUAAAGGGUGUCAAGUUAGAGAUAAGGAUGAUAAAGAGAAGCACAAGAGGAAGCUCGGGUUUGAUGUGGUUCAUGCAAUGAAGAGGUACUUAAGAAUGGUGCAGUCAUUAGAGCUUUUCAGAGGGAGAAGAGAAAAAAUUCGAUUCCAUGAACAGGCUUAUUCUCAUUCUGGGAAUUUAAUACGAAAAAAUAAGCCUGAAUUGAGGGGAAGGAGAGGAGAAUAUUCAGCACCAGCAUCUAUGAGGACUUCUCCAACAAACAGUGGCCUUCUGCUUGCAACUACAGCUUUUCCUCCUGCUAAUGACAGUACCAUGGAAGAGUUGCAAGCAGCCAUUCAAGCUGCAAUUGCUCACUGCAAAAAUUCUAUUGCAAAAGAAGAGAAGCUUAAUUACUGAUACACACAUACAUAAUAGAUAUUUUUUUUUUUUGUUCCUGGUUGUACUUACUGUCCUAGUUUUCAUAUAUUAUAUUUUAGUAAUGUUAAAUCUGCAUUUACCCCGGGAAAUUUACCAAUAUGUUAAUUGUUGGUUACUAACAUUUAUCAAAUUAACGUAGUAUACCAUAAAAUUGAUAACU